AUGUCCAACCAAGACAUUCAUUCAAACAAAUACAUUGAACUAAGAAACGCGCACAAAUAUUAUAUCGACAUAUACAACGCGUUGUAUCAGUUGAAAACAGAAAAAGAAGAAGAAUUAAAGUCAAUUUACGAAAUGAUCAAAACAGAAUUGAUUGAUUCCAAUAAAUAUCCACCCAAAGAUAUUAUAAAAGACAUUUUACAAAUCAUUCCGUAUAACAAUCGCUAUACAAAGUCAUAUUUAUUUCUUGCCAAACUGUUUAUUGAUGAAUAUCAUGUGGAAGAAGUCAAUGAAAUCCCUAAUAUUUCAAACUUCCUGUUUUAUAAAGAAUAUGGGUUUAAAUUAAAUAAAUCUUCUGAUUUCGGAAAAGAUGAUAUUAAAAAUCUUGAUGUUCAUACAGAAAAUACAAUAUACAGAGCAAUUAUGAAUAAUGACUUAGAAAGAUUCAUCACAUUCACGGAAAGAGAUGGAUUUGAUAAAGAUCAAAAACUUGAAAGCAGUUUAUAUCCAGAAACUGACGAAGGAUAUUCAUUACUUGAAAUAUGUUGUUACCAUGGAGCAGUUGAUUGUUUCAAGUUAUUAAGAACUAAAUGCAGCUCAGAAAUAACCGAAGAAUGUCUAGAGUUUUCAUUUUUUGGAGGAAAUGCAGAGAUCAUGAGUGAAUGUUUGAAAUAUCAAAAACCAAAUGAAAAAUGCAUGAAAUGUGCAAUUAUUUCACACAACAUUGAUUUUGUAACAUUUUUGAUGAAUGAACACAAUUUUAAGAUUGAUUUAUAUUCUUGCGGAAAAAACAAAAAUCUCGAAUCCUUUUUAGUUUAUUUCGAUCAAACUAAUGAUAUAAACAAAUGCUUUGUUUAUUCACCUAUUUUUAAUAUUCGAUCCCUUAUCGAAUACUUCUUUUCACAUGGUGCGAAUGUCAAUGAAAAGGAUCAAGAUGGAAAAACCGCACUUCAUAUUGCGGCAUCUAAAAAUAAUAAAGAAACUGUCGAAGUCCUUAUUUCACUUGGUGCGAAUGUCAAUGAAAAGGAUCAAGAUGGAAAAACCGCACUUCAUGAUGCAGCAUAG